AUGGGAAGAUGGGCUAAUGAACUACCAUUGAUUUUGUGGGCUUACCGAACAACCAGUCGAGUCGUUACUCGUGAAACUUCAUUCAAUUUGGUGUAUGGAACAAAAGCCUUGAUUCCCAUUGAAAUUUCAGCUAAAUCUCCUAGGCUGAUGGCAUACGAGGAAGAUAAUGGCACGAGGAAUUUUGAGGCAUUGCGAGAGAACCUGGAUUUGAUUGAAAAGAAGCGGGAGUACGCUGCUAUGAAGAUGGCUGCUUAUCAUAGAAGAAUCACUAGUUAUUAUAACUCUCAAGUAAGGAAUAGGACCAUGGAGGAAAGGGAUUUGGUGCUCAAAAGGUCUGUUGUGACCAAUGCGCUCAAGGAUGAUGGAAAAUUAUGA